AAAUACAACAAAGCAUGUACGCAGCAGUGGAACAUGGGCCCGUUCUCUUCAGCGAUUCCAACAUCCUCUGCCUCUCGUGGAAAGGCAGGGUUCCAAAAAGUGAAAAGGAGAAACCUGUAUGCCGGAGGCGAUAUUACGAAGAAGGCUGGCUGGCCACAGGAAAUGGCAGGGGAGUAGUAGGCGUUACCUUCACUUCCAGCCACUGUAGAAAGGACAGAAACACACCCCAACGAAUCAACUUUAAUUUGAGAGGCCACAACAGUGAGGUGGUUCUUGUUCGAUGGAAUGAACCAUUUCAGAAGCUGGCAACUUGUGAUGCUGAUGGUGGAAUAUUUGUUUGGAUUCAGUAUGAAGGCAGAUGGUCUGUGGAGCUUGUGAAUGAUCGUGGAGCACAGGUGAGCGAUUUUACAUGGAGCCAUGAUGGAACACAAGCACUUAUAUCCUACAGAGAUGGAUUUGUGCUGGUUGGAUCAGUCAGUGGACAAAGACAUUGGUCUUCAGAGAUUAACCUGGAGAGUCAGAUCACCUGUGGCAUAUGGACACCUGAUGAUCAACAGGUCUUAUUUGGUACUGCUGAUGGUCAAGUUAUUGUUAUGGAUUGCCAUGGCCGAAUGCUGGCACAUGUUCUUCUUCAUGAGUCCGAUGGCAUCCUUAGUAUGUCCUGGAAUUACCCAAGUUUCUUGGUGGAAGACAGUAGCGAGAGUGAUACAGAUUCAGAUGAUUAUUCCCCACCACAAGAUGGUCCAGCGGUAUAUCCAGUCCUCGUUCAGAACACCAAACAGCUUCUCACUGUCAGCUUCACAUCAGGAGAUAUUAGCUUAAUGAAUAACUAUGAUGACUUAUCUCCUACCAUCAUCCGCUCAGGGUUAAAAGAUGUAGUGGCUCAGUGGUGCACGCAAGGAGACUUGCUGGCUGUAGCAGGCAUGGAAAAACUAAGCCAACUAGCUGAACUUAACGCUGCUUCUUUUCUGAAAAGUGCACUCGUCAAGUUCUACAAUAUUCAUGGAGAACACAUCUACACUCUGGAGACCCCUGUACAACGUCCCAUAAUCUCAAUUUGCUGGGGUCAUAGAGACUCACGUCUGCUCAUGGCUUCUGGCCCUGCCCUGUAUGUUGUCCGAAUAGAGCAUCGAGUGUCCAGUUUACAGCUUCUGUGCCAACAAACAAUUGCCAGCUCUUUGCGGGAUGACAAAGAUAUCAGUAAAUUAACCCUCCCUCCUCGGCUUUGUUCAUAUCUAACUACUGCCUUUACACCAACAAUCAAGCCUCCUAUCCCAGACCCUAACAACAUGCGAGAUUUUGUUAGCUACCCAACAUCUGGCAAUGAAAGGCUUCACUGUACAAUGAAGCGGACAGAAGAUGACCCGGAAGUUGGAGGUCCUUGCUAUACAUUGUAUUUAGAAUAUUUAGGUGGUCUGGUGCCUAUCUUGAAAGGACGUCGAAUUAGUAAACUCAGGCCUGAGUUUGUCAUCAUGGAUCCUAAGACAGAUGGAAAAGCAGAUGAAGUCUAUGGUAACAGCUUGAUUUCCACCAUGAUUGAUAGCUGCAAUUGCUCUGAUUCCAGCGAUAUUGAACUGAGUGAUGACUGGGCUGGGAAAAAAUCUCCCAAAAUCACUCGUGCUAGUAAAUCACCCAAACUUCCCAGAAUUAAUAUAGAAGCUCGCAAAUCUCCAAAGUUGUCACGAGCUGCUCAGGAGAUAUCACGAUCUCCCAGAUUGCCAAUAAGGAAGCCCUCCAUUGGAUCACCUAGCUUAACUCGUAGAGAAUUUCCUUUGGAAGACAUCACUCAGCACAAUUACCUUGCUCAGGUCACAUCAAAUAUCUGGGGAACCAAAUUUAAAAUUGUAGGCUUGGCUGCAUUCCUACCAACCAAUCUCGGUGCAGUUAUCUAUAAAACCAGCUUGUUGCAUCUUCAGCCAAGGCAAAUGACCAUUUAUCUCCCAGAAGUGCGGAAGAUUUCCACUGAUUAUAUCAACCUACCUGUUUUCAAUCCCAAUGUUUUUAGUGAAGAUGAAGAUGAUUUGCCAGUGACUGGAGCAUCAGGAGUUCCUGAGAAUAAUCCACCUUGCACCGUAAACAUCCCAAUUGCUCCUAUUCACAGUUCAGCACAAGCAAUGUCACCAACUCAGAGCAUAGGGUUGGUGCAGUCUUUGCUAGCUAAUCAGAAUGUGCAACUGGAUGUCCUUGCAAAUCAGACAACAGCUGUGGCAACAGCAGACCACAUGGCUGAUAAUGCAGUCCAUUAUUCAGUCCCAAGCAGGUACUCUAGCCCAGGCCAAGUGAUCUUUGGAGGAGUAGAAAUGGGACGUAUCCUCCAGGUCCCUCCUCAGUUACCCUUGCCACCCCAGAAUGCCAUCCAGAUGGCAAUUGUGGACCACAGAGAUGGGGACAGAGACCACGAACACUUCCAAAAAGCUAAGGCUUUGCGUCCCAUUCCCCAGGUGGCUGAAGGAGACCCAGCUGUCUUCAGCACUGCCCAAGAAAUUCAACUGAACAAAAUAAACCCUCCUCCUCCAUAUCCCGGAACCAUACCUGCGGCUCCUACCACGGCUCCACCACCACCUCCUCCAAUACCUCCACAACCUCCUGUAGAUCUCUGUUUGAAAAAAGGUGAUUUCUCUCUAUAUUCAGCAGCCCAUUACCAGACCCCUCUUGGCUAUGAGAGAAUCACCACCUUCGACAGCAGUGGCAAUGUCGAAGAGGUGUGCCGCCCCCGAACCCGGAUGGUGUGUGCCCAGAACACAUACACUUUGCCCGGGCCAGGCAGUUCUGCCACUUUACGGAUUACUUCAUCAGAGAAGAAGAUUCAGCAGCCAUGUACCAGUGCCACCUUGAACAGGCUCACAGUUCCUCGUUACUCCAUUCCAACAGGGGACCCACCCCCUUAUCCAGAAAUUGCAGCCCAGCUAUCUCAAGGCCGGGGUAUCAUGCAGAGGUUGGACAAUAGCAUCAUCCAUGCUACACUGCGGAGAAAUAGUAGGGAGGCAGCCCUGAAAAUGGCUCAGUUGGUGGACAGCCAGAGGGCCACCUUGCAGUUCCCACUGAAACUGAAGAGCAAUGUUGUGGGAGCCCAGUACCAGCAGCGAGUGCCAACUGCCCUGUACACAUGCAGCCAGUGUAGCAGCACAGGGAGCAGCUCUCAGCACAAUUCAGUCAUUGCACACUCAGCCAGUACAUCACCUUUGGCCUCCCAAUCCUCUUACAAUUUACUGAACCCACUUGACAAUUCUCGGGAGCGGACCGAUUACGUAAACUCUGCCUUCAUGGAGGAUGAGGCUCUUUCUCAACACUGCCCUGUGGAGAAAUCAGCACGCCACGUCCCUGUAGCCAUGGCAGAACCUAACAUUGCUGUAAAAAGGCCACCUCCGUAUCAAUGGGAACCUAUGGUGAGCGAGGAGAUAUGGGUUCCUCAAGAAAGGAUAGCUCAUAGUACUUUGCCUAACCCUGGUAAACCCAACCCUCUAGUCAUUGGCCAAGCUCAACAUUUGGAUAUAUCCCGAGCAACCUUUGUUUCCCCCAAAUCUCCAACCAGUCCCACUGCCACUUUCCAGAUGAGUUAUGGUGUUGGAGCACCAUAUUUGGGAAAUUAUAGUAUCCCUCCUCCACCACCUCCUCCUCUUCAAGGAAUGCAGGUCACCUGUUCUCCCAAAGAAGCUCUGGCCCCAUCCCAAAUUGUACAACAGGAGCCAUCUGUUGUUCUUCAGCCAGCCUAUCCCUCAAACCUCUCAUACUGCCCUUUGCCUCCCAUGUAUCCUGGAAAUAGUACUUGCUCAAGUUUACAGCUGCCACCAAUGGCCUUGCAUCCAUGGAAUUCCUAUAGCACAUGCCCACCUUCUGUUCAGAGUACCCAGAAUGCUCUGCCACCCAAGGCACUUCUUGUGGUGGACAAAUCUGUAAUGUCUCCACCACCGGUAGAGCCUCCAGGUCAUGUGGGCUCUGAUGUGAUGGCAGAGACAGCAGAUAAUUUCCAAGAAGUGCUCUCCUUGACUGAAAGUCCCAUCCCUCAGAGGACAGACAAGUUUGGGAAGAAGAAUCGCAAGCGACUGGAUAGCCGGGCAGAGGAAGGAAAUAUGCAGGCUAUCACAGAGGGAAAAGUUAAAAAGGAGGCCAGGACCACAUUGACUGACUUCAAUUCACUGAUAGCCAGCCCAAGAUUGGGCAGGGAGAAGAAGAAACUCAAGAGUCAGAAAGAUCAGCUGAAGUCAAAAAAACUGAACAAGAUGAACGAAUUUCAGGACAGCUCAGAAAGUGAGCCCGAAUUGUUUAUUAGUGGGGAUGAACUGAUGAAUCAGAGCCAAGGCAGUAAAAAGGGAUGGAAAACUAAAAGAAACUUGAGGACAGCCAGUGAACUGGAUGAAUUUAAAUGCCGGAAAGCAAAUGAGAAGGAAGAUGGGCGGCUGGGAAACCAGGGAUUUGUGUAUGUGAUGGCAAAUAAACAGCCCUUGUGGAAUGAGGCAACCCAAGUCUAUCAGCUGGACUUUGGAGGGAGAGUGACUCAAGAAUCUGCAAAGAAUUUCCAAAUUGAGCUGGAAGGAAGACAGGUGAUGCAGUUUGGACGGAUUGAUGGCAAUGCCUAUAUCUUGGACUUUCAAUAUCCAUUUUCAGCGGUGCAGGCUUUUGCUGUAGCUUUGGCUAAUGUGACUCAACGUCUGAAAUGAAAAGAG